UUGGUUUCUUGCCCUCUAAUAUUCCUGAACCUUCUUUCUUUUCAAGAAACCUUUUAAAACCCUAGAGGAGAGGUCGCAGUUAGUUACAUGUUCAAUGGCGGUUCAGAGCUCCACUUCCAGCGAAUCGCAAGCUUCGGAGAACGUUAUGCAUCGCCAUUUCUUUUUAUGGAGAGAGUUUCUGUGGGGAGCUGUUGCGGGUGCAUUUGGGGAAGGAAUGAUGCAUCCAGUGGAUACUGUUAAAACUCGAUUACAAAGUCAAGCUAUUCUAAAUGGAAUUCAGAACCAGAAAAACAUAUUGCAGAUGGUGCGAUAUGUGUGGCAGGUUGAUGGAUUAAAAGGCUUUUACAGGGGUGUAACACCUGGUAUUAUUGGAUCUCUUGCUACUGGCGCAACAUAUUUUGGUGUCAUAGAGUCCACAAAAAAGUGGAUUGAGGAUUCACAUCCUAGCCUUAGGGGCCACUGGGCACAUUUCAUUGCUGGAGCUGUUGGUGAUACUCUAGGUUCUUUUGUGUAUGUUCCAUGUGAAGUGAUGAAGCAACGCAUGCAGAUUCAAGGCACAAUUGCAUCUUGGAGUUCCGUUGUAGUGAAUGAUGGCAUCGCAAUCAAGCCUGGCACACAAAUAUAUGGUUAUUAUACAGGGAUGUUACAUGCAGGCUGUUCAAUAUGGAAAGCACAGGGCUUAAAGGGUUUAUAUGCAGGAUAUUUGUCUACAUUGGCAAGGGAUGUUCCAUUUGCUGGCCUAAUGGUUGUGUUCUAUGAAGCUUUGAAAGAUGCUAAAGAUUAUGUAGAGCAAAGAUGGAUAUCUAGCCCAAAUUGGCAUGUUAAUAAUUCAGUUGAGGGCCUGGUUUUAGGAGGAUUAGCUGGUGGUCUCAGUGCAUAUCUCACCACUCCUUUGGAUGUUGUUAAAACUAGACUGCAAGUGCAGGGUUCAACUUUGAGGUAUAAUGGCUGGUUAGAUGCAAUUCACAAUAUAUGGGCUACAGAAGGCAUGAAGGGGAUGUUUAGAGGUAGCGUCCCCAGGAUUACAUGGUACAUUCCAGCUUCAGCGCUUACAUUCAUGGCUGUGGAAUUUCUCAGAGAUCAUUUUUAUGAAAGAGUGCCCAAUGAUAAUUUGGAAGAUGUUGGUAGAUUAUCAGUAGACCAUAAAUCUGCAGGAGGUUUAAAAGUUUCUCAUUAAAGCACACAUUACUUCCCAUCCAGAUUUUUACAAAGAUGGGGAGGUUGCAUCAUAUCAAAAUUUUUGGCCAUGCUCGAUUUAGUUAGAUAGUUAGAUCCCCAUUGUUGUGAACAUAUGCUAUUGCAUAGAAAUCUUUCAAAAAAAUGUAAUUGUAAACUUGUUCAAAAUUUGUCUUGGCCAAUUUCUGAUCAUUCAGUUUGGCUCAUCUCUAUCAGACCAGUAAGGAGCCACUGAUAAAAACUUGAGUCGAUAAGUGAUGGUAUUUGGACAGAUUUACUUUUACAACUCUGUCUGUCUUUCCGUAUUCCUGUGCUAGCAAUUUUGUUCCUUAA